UUUAUGAGGCUCGUUGACACCCUUUCCGUUCGCUAUAGCUUUCUCCACAGUAAUUUCUCUUGUGGGCACAUUUUUUAUUAGCUGGCGGUAGAAAAGGUAGUGUUUACUCGAAAAAUCAACAUAAAUCAAUAAAGAUAUUGUGAAUUUAUUUGAAUUAUGGAGGUGAGCGUUGAAGACUACCUUGCCGAGGCGGUUGCUGCAAGGAGUGCAUCAGACCAGGCAGACAUUACCUCAACAGGAAUGAGUGACCAGGCUGAGAAAACCGUCGAGGAUUACUUGAAAGAGUUUGAAAAUGAACAAAAAGAGCCACAGAAGGGCCCUGAAGUUGAUAACAAAGAGGAUGAAGACAUGACAGUGGAAGCAUUCUUAGAUAAAAUGAAAGCACAGCAAGAUACUGACGAGGGCCUAAAUCCUGAUGGUGGAGGUGAUAUUGCUAUCGAGGACUAUCUGAAGCAAAUGGAGGCAGAAUGCGGAAAAGCGGAAACCCUUGAUAAAAAUGACAAUGAUAAAGAGAAAGAAAACCACGAGCAUGAAGGAGGGUCAGACAAACACAAGAAAAGAGUUUUGAGAAUUUCGAGAGCAAAAAAGGAGCAAGCGGAUCACGAAAAAGAAAGUCAACAUAAGAAAGAGCAUGAGAAAGUCGACCAAGAAGGAGCUAAAGGUCAUAGCCCUAGACGCCAAAGAAGGGUAAGACAUGCAGAAGAAGAAAAGCAGGAGACAGUUAAAGUCCCAAAGGAAGAAAAGCAGGGAGGAAGCCCCAAGGGUAAACGAAGGGUUGGUCCCCACGGGCAUGAUGCCCCUAGGGCUGUAGGAAAGGAAGAAAAGCCAAAAGUUGAUGCUCCAAAGCCGAAAAUUGAGUCUUCUGCUAGAGCAAGAAGACAGUCAGCUUCAAAGAAACACGAGGAAAAACCACGUGAUGGACACAGUGAUCACGUGCAAACAAAGGCAGGGGAAAGGCAUGGAACAGGUAGGGACAGGAAAGCCUCUCAUGGCCACGAUGAAGCGCAUGGGCGAACUAGAGAUAGGGCUGGCUCACAUGGAAAAGAGGAGAAGAGUGCACAAGGAAGGGACAGGAAAGGCUCCCAUGGUCGCGAUGAUGCACAUGAUCUGGCUAGAGACAGAAAGGGCUCACAUGGCAAAGGAGAUACACACAGAGAUAAGAAAGUUGUCCAUGGAAGUGCUACUACCCAUUCAGAAAAGAAGGCGUCAUUUGCCUCAAAGGGAAGAGCUGCAACCGUUGCUGCGACAUCAGCUGACGAGAAAAGAAAGGAAUUUAACAAGCAAAGGGCUGCUUCGACCACCACUGAAACCCAUGUUUCCAAACCCAGAUCUGCGUCAAAUCGGGAACCUACCGCGGCAGGUCACGAGGGCCAAACGCGCAAAUCUGCAACACUACCUCGUGGAAGUGUAAAAAAGCAACCGAGCGGGGAAAUGGAAGAGGAACAGCCAAAACUGACACCAGCUCAAAUUAGAGCGAGGUUCGAGGCAAAGAAGCAUGAUGGGGAUCGCCAUAGGCCCCAAGGAGGUCCUGGUAGGGUCAACAAAGGAGAGUCCACAGGGGCUGCGCGUGCAAGAUUUGAAAAGUCAGCCUCUGCAACCAGUCACAAAGUAGAGCGAUCCCAUCAUGCCCCAUCUCACAAAGAAGAACGUAGUCAGCCCCGUAUUUUCCGCAGAGAAGAGAGGCACCACCGCCCUACUCCCGGUGCAGAGAGAGAAGAAAAACCGGAAGUCGAUGGAGCUGAAAACGAGGCAUCUCCAACAGCGGCCAGCAUAAGGUCCAAAUUUGAGGCAAUAUCCAAAAGCAAUACACCAGUUAAAAGAAAGUUCCCAACUGGAAACAAAGCCGCCAGACCAGCAUCAGGUACUGCUGCCAAAGAGGCUAAAGGACCCUCACAGGGAAACAAGUGCAAUUCAUGUGGCAAAACGGUGUAUCCCAUGGAGAAGCUUGAGGCUGAUGGCCGCAUGUUCCACAAAUUCUGCUUCAAAUGCACCGAAUGCAAGAACACUUUAAGGCUUGGAAACUAUGCAGCGUUGUCCGGCAAAAUCUACUGCAAGCCCCACUUCAAGCAGCUCUUCCGUCUCAAAGGUAAUUAUGAUGAGGGAUUCGGAAGGGAGCAGCACAAAACCAAAUGGACAGGCAAGAAUGACGAACAACCCCCAGUUUCAAGCAAUCCAGAGGCAGCCUCAAGUGCAAGCGUAGAGCAAAGCGAGGCUCCUCAGAUUGUCAAUGGUGAUCACCAGGAGGUCACAGCUGAAGCCUAAUGGCUCAUUGAAGAAAAAUUCACCCUAACGUUAGUCUAUUAUUCUCAAUUUCCAUUCACGUAAAAACAUUUUGUCUCCUUGUGGCAACUUGAAUGGCAAACCUGACAAUCUGCAUUGACAUACUGUAGGUUUUAUAUGAAUCGGAAGCUAUCUGAAAUCUAUAUAUUAAACUUCCCAGUGUAACUAGCCCUGCGAGCGUUUUUCUUCACGGGGGAUAGCAGGUAAAUUAGGAAGAGGCAGAAAAAAUUAUCUUGGACUGGUAGGGGAUAGGAUGUUCUGCCAAAGAGGGAACUUAACUGGGAACGUGGGAGAAUGGAAAAAUGCCAGGGUUGUUAGAUUUUUGAAAGGAGACAUCCCUGGUGAGCAAGAUUCUCACCGAGAACAGUAAUCACCAGGUGUGUUACACAAGGGUGUUUUUGUGUAUACUUCUGGGGCCCAGUGCAUUAUAUACUCCACUCUGUAUUUUUAAAAAGCAUUGCUUUCAAAACCAACACAUUGUAUUUUGUAUCUUUUUGUUUGCCUAUAACGUGAUCAGUGCAGUUUUCACGGUUUGCCAUGCAUGGUGUUGUGAGUUGCUUACUGUCUCGUAAAUUUAUCUAGAUGCCUUUGUUGUUGGAUUCAAUUUUGUAAUUAUCAAACGGGACAUUUGAAAUUUUAUAGAUCUUAUCGUUAGAAUUUCAACAUUAGAAAUAUUGUAAUAGUUCGAAGGAUAACUGUUUUUGAAUAGAACUAUUGCAGUAGAUUGUCUUUAGGUACACGAGAAUGAACCACGCUUGUGUUAAA